UUUCAGAGGCUUGUGAGGAGAUUCCUCAUGUUGAGAUUUUGGUGAAAGUAGCUAAAGAAAGCGCCGAAGGAAACGCAUUCAUCACAGACGGAGGAGCGUUUCUUACACGCAUGAUCAGCAUGUGAUUAUUCCACUCCUACAUUCUGUCUGGAGUUACAAUUGAACAUUCAGUAGAAUGCAAGCCAAUUCACAACAUUCAGGACAACUGCAAAAUUUGCAUGGAAAAGGAGCUACACCUGGAGAUGGGACAGGCCAAAACUUUUACCAGCUAUGGUUACCACCUCACACUGUAAGUCCCUCAUAUUCUGGACAAAGUGCCACUGGAAGUUACUUCACCUGCACAAUCCAACCAGCAACCAGUGACCAGAUUUUGACUAGUAGCGUUCAAGCUACCAAUGACAAAAAGCUUGCUCAAGAAAAUAUGCUUAAUUCAAAACAUGCAUUGCCAACAGGAAAACAGGACUCCCAAAUGAUUCUGUGGAACAUGCCCUCUAAUUGCCAGAUAAUCCUACCUGUUAGCAACAUAAAUCUACAAGGUGCUCCCAACAUGCAACAGCAAACUACCUCCUCAGCAGUUGGCCCACAUAAUUCACAACAGUUUAAAGCGGUGAACACUACAAGUCUAAACGAAGCUACAAAAAAUGUGAACACUAGCAACUUGUAUAGCAGGCAGCAAAAUGCGAAUGCUCCUACUAAUUUGCCAAAAGACUCCUCAGAAACAAGGCAGAGCUUGCCAUCUGAUCUAAAAUAUUAUCCCUUAACAGAAAACACAUGUUAUGGUCAAAGUAGUUUGUUUGGUGGGUACCCUUACCAGUUGUUGAUUGCUGAGAUGUCAAAUGCUAACGUAAAAACGUUUUCUACAUGUGUGCAGAACCUGCAAGCGAAUAAUGCUACUCAGAGAGCUGUUGCUGUUGUCACGCCAUUGUCUCCUAUAGGAACAGCACCUGUUAAUGUUUCUGACAAAUCUGCUAAUAUGAAAAUGAAUGUAAUGCCUGUACAAGAGACUGUACACCAUCAUCCAAAUAUUCCACAUCAUUUGGUGGCCAACUCUAAUCUGAAAAACCAAACUAGAGAACCAAACAAUCCAAGAAGCCAGAAUCAACGACCUAAGUCAGCCGAGCCAAGGCUGAAUGAUGGACUUUGCAAUGUAGUUGGAGCCAAAAGUCCAGUUUUGGCUGAUGAAUCACCUGGCCAAAGUUGCUGUGCAAGUUUGCUGAAGCUGAAAAAUGUGGUUGCAGAACAAAAGGAGUCUGUUCAAACUCUAAUGCAAAGUGAACUGGCUGAAAAGACAAAUAAAAACUGCACCAUCACAGACAAGAAAACUGUUGAACCGGACACUGUUCAUUUUAUUGAAUGGCCAUUAGAUCGAUUGGAGGCCUUAAUUGCAGUGAUUCAGCAAAUGGAAAAUGGGGAUCAGAAGAACAUCCACAAAACUGAUCCUUGGACGGACAUCUUAAAGAUUCAUUGGAACGAGGAUUUUUACAAGUUUUAUGAAGCUGUACAAAGUGGCAUAUAUCAAAGCAUAAUGAAAGAAGUUUCUGUUUACACUUCAAUGAAAGAUCCUGUGAUACUGAGGCAAAUUGUAAAUGAUGCACGUAGCAAAGUCAAUGAGGAUUUUCAUGUUUUAAAACACAACGAAGAGCCACCGAAGAUGAUGUACAAGUCGUCUUGGUUGAAUCUUAAUGAAAACGUUGAUGACAUCGACAAGGAAUGUGGUUACUCUUGGUUUUAUAAGUCUUUUCAAAAUGUCUCUGUUCACGAAGCACAAAACUUGGAAUGUGAAACACCAAGCAAAUUGCAAGAAGCCACUGAAAAGCCAAUAUUGAUUAGGUGCAAACAAGUACCUUCAGAGGUGGAGAACAAAGUAUCGGCAGACAAACCAUCAUCAAACAAUGAGAGUCUACAUGAAAACAUGCCCGUUUCGUUUAAUGGACAAUCUCUAUCUGUGCCUGACAUCAGCAGCUCACCAAAGCAUAACUGUCAGGUUACAGAACUGACCAACAGUCAACCAAUUAUUACAAAUUCUCUGGAGGUCAUGAUUACUGUUGUGAAGGAUUUGGAUAAACAAGGUGUAUCGACUGGAAUGUCCAGAUUGGAUGACCAAUUUAGUAACGAUGUGUCGCCCAAAUCAACUGGCCAAAGUAACCGUACAAACUUGCCAAAGCCCAUACAUGUGGUUACAGAAGAAGAGGAGAUGGCAUUAUCUUCUCAAAUGCAAGUUCCAUUCAGUGAAAAAAUGCAUAACAAUGGUUGCGCUGAGACCAUGUCAAAACAGAGUCAAGAACUUGGUGUGCACAUGAAUGAAGUGGAGACCGAAAAUAUGUAUGCUUCAGCCACAAAGUUGAUAGAACAAAAAGUCAUUGCUGCAUUACUAGAAAAGCACAGGGUGUCUUUGUUAAACACACCCCAAGGACUUGACACAGUAUCAACAGAAGAACAAGCAAGCAGGCAGAGGCUAAAGGAGAAGACCAAAUAUCCAGCAUCUACAUUUCUAAGGACAUUGCUAUCAGCUCCUUAUAAGCCAUCUUUAACCGAACGUACUCGGGGUGCAACGGAAAUAACAGACAAAGUAAAUGAAGAAGAACACAUGUCCUCGGAGAAAAGUAGGUAUGAUAAGAGUUGUGAAAAAUCUCCUGUUCCCUCGAAUGCUCCCUCUCCACCAGUGAUUGAUAAUUUCUCUCCGAAGCUUAAUGAACAACAACGCAGUUGUCAACCAAAUUCUGUUAUUCCGCUGAAGGGCAUGACCGAUCUGGUGACGAAAUUGAAAAAGUGGGAUCUUUCAUUAAAGUAUCAAAACUUCCUUAAAAAUAGUGGUGGUUUAAAAAGAAAGCAGAAAUGGUUAUCUAGAACAUCAAAACUGGACAACCGUUUUUGUAAUCGUGUUGGAGCCAAAAGUCCCAUGAUGACUGAUGAAUCUUCCAGCCAAAGUGACUGCUCAAAUCCACUGACACUUAGUCCUGUAAGGUUUGUUCCAUUAACUCAAACGCAAUAUGAAUCCAGUGAAAUUAUGCCUAACAGUGACUUUAAUAAGGUAGUGAGAUAUGAGACUGAUCCAAAACUUUGUCAAGAACUUUCUGUACAAACAAAUGAAGAGAAUACUGUUGAGAUGGACACUUCAUCUUCUGUUAAGAUUGUUGUUCUCACUCAUGAAGUGGCUAAACAGUACUUUGCUGAAAAUAAAGAAAUUUCUUCAAAACCAAAUGGAUUAACCAGCCAUAUUGACUAUGCCAGUCCGCCAAAACUUUAUCCUGCUCUCGCAGGACCAUCUCAAAUGCAAAGUGAAUCUGAUGAAGAAAUGCCUGAAACUGACUGUGUACUCUUAGGGGAGUCUGUGAGAUAUGAGACUGAUCCAAAACAGAGUCAAGAACUUCCUGUGCAAAUGAAUGAAGAGGAGGCUGUUGAGGUGGAUGCUUCAACGCCUAUUAGGAUUAAUGUUCUCUCUCACAAAGUGGCUUUGCAAUGCUUUGCUGGUCAGUUUAUGCAAGAUAAAGACACUGCCACACCACCAGUGGUUGUGGGACAAACUAAUUGCCAAUCAAAUAUAGUACAUCCACUGAACACAAUGACACCUCUGAAGAAAUGCCUGAGAUUUCGAGUGUACUCGUAG